GUAAACUGUGCACUGUUAGGUCGUACCGGUGGGGGUUGUUGCAGGAAGAGUGGUGGAAAUAUGACAAGUUUAUAUUAUGACAUAAGUUUAGUAAAUGCUGUUAUGCAUGUGGCAAAAUCCAGCCUGGCUCUGCUGCUUUCAACCUAGUCGAAUUCAAGCCCAAUGUUCCCCAUGCUAACAGUCCUGAGCAUGUUUUACUAUAUCUGUCUCCGGCGCCGAGCCAGGACAGGAACAAGAGGGGAAGUCAUGAACAGUCGCAGAGCCAUUGAAUCCAACCACCGGACUCUACCUCUCACUGUCGAAGUGGAACAGUUUGCCAAAGAAGUGCUCGACUUCAGUUCUCAUUAUGGCAGCGAGAACAGCAUGUCCUACACCAUGUGGAACUUGGCCGGGAUGCCCAACGUGUAUCCUAGCUCCGGAGAUUUUACGCAGACUGCUGUGUUUCGCACGUAUGGAAAAUGGUGGGAGCAGUGUGCCAGCGCCCCCCAAGCCUUUCGAAGGACUCCUCUUACCUUUCAGAGUCGGGACUUUGUAGAGCUUGCGUUCGAAGAGCCCGUUUAUCCAACGGCUAUCGAUGUUAUGGAAACGUACCACCCAGGGGCUGUUGUGCGGAUUCUUGCCUGCUCACUCAAUCCUUUCUCCCAGAACCCACCAGCCGACGUCAGAUGGGAGGUGCUUUGGUCUGGAAAACCUACAAAAAUGCUCACACCUCAGGCACGGCAGUUCUCACCUAGCAUAAAGCAAAUCAACUUCCCAACGAACCUCAUCCGUUUAGAAGUGAACAGCACCUUGCUGGAAUACUAUACGGAACUGGAUGCAGUUGUUCUGCAUGGUGUGAAAGAAAGGCCUGUCUUGUCCCUGUACAAGAUGCCAUUGAUAGAUAUCAGUGACCUGAGUGACAGUGAUGAAGAAAAGGAUGCCUGCGACCCUGGGAGACUGUGUAAGCAGUGUGGGCAUCCCUGUCCCCACGAAUUUACAGGAAACGGCUUCUUUGAUAAACUUCCCUAUGAGUUGAUUCAACUGAUAGUGAGUCACCUCACCUUGCCAGACUUAUGCAGGUUGGCACAGACCUGUAAGCUGCUACACCAGCACUGCUGUGAUCCUCUUCAGUAUAUCCAGCUGAGUUUACAGCCAUACUGGGCUCGACUGACAGAUGCUUCUCUGGAGCACCUGCAGUCUCGCUGUACCCAGAUUCAGAGGCUCAACAUGUCAUGGUGUGGCAACCGAGGAGCCAUAACAUACUCAGGUUUUCACAGCUUUAUGAAAGCGUGUGGUGCAAAGCUAGUCUGUCUUGAAUUGGCCUGUUGCCAUUUUCUGAAUGAAGCCUGUCUAGAGGUCAUUGCCGAGAUGUGUCCAAACCUCCAGGAACUAAACCUCUCCUCCUGCGAUAGGCUGCAUCCUCAGUCCUUUCUCCACAUAUCCAAAUUGUCAUGGUUAAGACGGCUUGUCCUUUAUCGCACAAAAAUUGAGCAAACAGCACUGCUCAGCAUUCUGACUUUUUGCACAGAGAUUCAGCACCUUAACCUUGGCAGCUGCAUCAUGAUUGAAGACUUUGACUUAAUUGCUAGCAUGAUAAGCGCCAAGUGUAAAAAGCUCCGAUCCCUAGACCUGUGGCGCUGUAAGAACAUGACGGAGAAAGGCCUCAGAGACCUGGUGUCGGGCUGCCGGCUGCUGGAAGAGCUGGACCUGGGCUGGUGCUCCACCCUGCAGAGCAGCACCGGUUGCUUCGUGCACCUGGCCCGCCACCUGCCCGGUCUGCGCAAGCUCUUCAUCACCGCCAACCGGACGGUGUGCGACGCCGACGUCGAGGAGCUGGCUGCCCACUGCCGCCACCUGCAGCACCUCGACAUCCUCGGAACUCGAAUGGUGAGCCCAGCAUCUCUUCGCAAGUUGCUACAGUCCUGUAAGAACCUCCUUUUGCUUGAUGUGUCCUUCUGCUCCCAGAUUGACAACCGUGUGGUACAAGAACUAACCGUUCACUUUCCUAAUGUGUCCAUCCAAAAAAGUUUCACUCAGUGACUCCCGGACUCCUGUUCCUCUCGUGACUGAAGUCCACCAAGGUACAGUAGUGCAAGGAUCAAAGUGAUUGAGGCUGAAUGGUUAUGAGUAAUUCCCAUUCAUGUUUUGGGAAUGUAAUUUUUUGGGGAAUUCCUAGUGUGCUCUUGGAUAAUAAAAAAAAAAUGAAUUAUGGGGCCUCCAGAUUGGAGAAAGAUUAAAGAUGUGUGCAAUACUAUAUAAUCUUGAAAAAUUGACUUCCUAUCUCAAACACCUUUAAGCACACCACAGAGAGAAUGAUUUAACAGCUGUGCAUUUUUUUGUUGUCACCAUCCCUACUAAUAUUGUUCGUUGAAAACUGCAUUGCUGUAAAACUCAGGGUGUCUUUUUUUCCUGAUCUUUAGUGGUUUUGUAAUGUAUCAAUGUAAACUCUUGCUUAUUCCAAACUUUUUUUAAAAUCAAAUGUCUUGGGAUUUCUACGGGAAGAAAUAACAUUUAAUUUUUUUAUUAUUUUAAACUGUUCCAAGUCAUCACAGAUAUUUUAAUAACAAAAAUUGAAGAACGGUUUCGAUAGUGUUACUUCUGUUAUGCUAUUGUAAUCUUAAUUAACAGCUUGCGAUAAAACCCAGAAAUUUAAGAAACAUUUUAAAUUUAUUUUAAUGUGGAAGGUUAGUGCAAUUUUGUUAUU